CCCGGCCAAAGUUGAGUGGAGCAGCAGCCGGCAGCACCCAGGGGUCCAGCAGCACCUGGCUCCCAUCGAUGGCCCCGGUGCUGCCGUGGGGUUUGGCUGCUGCUGCACCCAUUGGGUUCCUGCUAUUGCUGUUCCUCUGCGCCUUCUGCCCCAGGGCGAGCGGACGCCUCUCCACCCAGAGCAACGCAGGGAACUCCGGGCUGGUGACGCUGUCGGGACCGGACUGCAGAGAUGGGGAAGGAGCGCUGCUGGGAGGUGCAUCGCCUUGCAGCAGGACAGACGUCACCAGUGAGGGGAACACGGACAUCUCUGGGUCACCACACCCCAACACAUCCCCUAAAUCCUCCCUGAGGACCCCAGACUUCCUCCGUCACAGGCAGCUCCCGCUGCUGCCCGGUGACACCGCAGAGCCCGCAGUGAACGCAGUGCAGGAUGCCCAGGGAUCCAUCUACGAAAGCAUCCGCUACGAAUCCCAGAAGCUCAGUGCUGGGCUGGAGAAGCCCUAUAGGGACAAUGGGGACGGUGGGGACCCGGUGCAGUGCUUUGUUGUGCAAGAGGAGCCGUGCAGCCCAGGCAGCCCCAUACCUGUGUAUGCUCGUGUCUGCAAAGUGUCCCGGGCACCACAGCACACGGUACCCAACAGCAUCGAGCCCGAGGAAGAGGCGGCUCCAGCACUGCCAGAGAAGCGCUUCGACAUCCUGUAGGAUGAGAUGGAGAGAUCUCAGGAUUGGACACUGGGAAAAAGCUGGGCGCUAGGGAAGGUUCUGCCCCAGAGGGCGGAGGGCAUGGAACAGCUCCCCAGGGCACAGCCCUGACCUGCUGGAGCUCAGGGAGCAUCGGGACACCACUCUCAGACACUGGCUUUGAGUUCUGAGUGUGCUGCUGGGAUGUCCCCACACACCCCUGGGACCAGCUUGGUGCUCACCGUGCACUGAUGGAGUAUGGGCAACUCAGGGUCUUCUCAGAGCUUUCCCCCAAAAUACCAAGCUGCAUCCCACGGGGACACAGCAUAAUUCCCUGUGUCACCAGUCACUUUGCUCUGCUUCAAGCAGCGGCUUUGCUGGGGCUGAGUCAGAUGGAGCAGAAAGGGAUUUUGCUUUAAAGGAAAAAAAAUGACAACUAAGAAGAAGAAUACGCCUUUGACGUGACUCCUGGCA